ACUGUGUGUGUGUGUGUGUGUGUGUGUGUGUGUGUGUGUGUGUGUGUGUGUGUGUGUGUGUGUGUGUGUGUGUGUGUGUGUUUCAUACAUUAACGGUCACCUGAACGGUUCAUGUUUAAAAGACUCAGUUGUAAAUUGUCGUCGUCGGAGUCUGAAUAAAAACCACCGAAACACCGUCAACAGGUAAGUUCAGCACCUGAGAGUUUGUUAUUCUCUCUUCAGUUUGAUUUAACUGUGUUUUUGAUGUAAAUUAGUAGUUUUCUCACUUUAUCAAACAGUAUUUUUUGGCAUAAUUAUCAUUUACUCGAGAUAAAUUUGUAUAAAAAGUUUGAAAACAGGUAUAAAAAGUGCUAAAUUCAGUUAAAACUAAUUCUGUGUUAUUAUUUACAAGUUAAUGAAGGACUUCACACUACAGAGUGAUAAAAACAACUGUACAUUUAUGAUACAGUAUUUUAAAAGGCUUAUUUUCUUUAUUCUGUUAGUAUACAAAAUGCAAAUUACUUUAACUUAGUCUAACUGAGAGUUUCUCUUAUCUUAGUAUAAAACAUUUAUUUUUGCUUAUUUUAAACUGAAAUGUGUAAGCGUUUUAGUGCCUCAGUAUAAUCCUAAAUAAUACAGUGAUUAAAGUCUUAAACUGUGUUAUUAUUACUGCUGCGGAGUUGCAUAUUGAUUAAAUCUUUCAUUAGUUGUUAGAAAACUUUGCUGCUCUGUGAUCUGUCGUCAGAUUUGUUUUCAUUUGUACGUCCAAAAACCAACAACAUACAGUGUUCAGAAAAGCAGAUCAUCUAAACUGUGAAAAAGCUGAAAUCGUCAAACAUUUGCUGCUUUGUGUGGAGGAGUGAUUCAUCAAGAGAGAAGCAGAUUCAUUAUCUGUUAGAUGAGAAAUUGAUUAGUCUGAGGAAAGUCGCUCUUUUGAGUAUUUUCUUGAGCUCAGUGCACUAACAAGCAACAAAUGAGUGUUUUCAUGGUCUACCAUCCUGCCGUUGAUUGUUCACUGAGUCAUUUAAAUGUCUAGACUGUUGCUGAAAUGCCGAAUCAAAGAGACUCGGCCGCUGAUGAUCCCCCCGCUGACCUCCCCUGUCUGGAAAAACUUGACUCUCCUACGGGUAAGAGGCUUUAUGACGGCACUUAUUGUUUUCAGGCACGUUCGGGGACCAUUAGUAAUUGAAUUAUUACCACGGUGGCGGUUUUAAUUAUCUGUGGGUGUGUGUGUCCUGUCUGUGGUGUCAGGGAGCCCACCCACCGCCUCAUUAUCCAGUCUGAUGGAGCUGCAGAACUGCGUCUCCAACCUGAGCCUCGCACAUGAGAUCGUAGUGAACAGAGACUUCAGCUUCAAACCCAGGAGUGCUGCCACAGACAGGCAGGAAAAUACACUCCAUUACAGGCUGAGUGACCUGUGUUGAUCUCAUUUCCAAAAUUAAAUAGAGACUCUGGUCCCUGCGGAUCUGCUUUUUUAAACUGUUUUUCUUUGUGUAGCCUGGAGGGCAGAGUCUCACAGAUUGUUCAUCGAGCAUUUUGGGACGGUCUUCAAGAGCAGCUGAACAGCGAUCCUCCAAACUACAACCAUGCUGUGGUUCUGCUCCAAGAAGUCAAGACUGUGAGUGUGAACUGUAUCAGAUCAGAGGCAUUAGAAAGGAAGGAUGAGGGUUUACGUAGACCUCUGUCCCACAUCAGUCACACAUGUUAAAGAGGUUGGAAUAAAAAGUAUAAUACAGACAGAUGGCAUAGAAAUGUAAAAACAUAAACCAAACUAACACAUGGUGAUGGCUAAAAUUGAGAUAAGUUGGUAAAAACAAAAUGUAUAGAAACCAAAAUCCUAUUCUUAGGAGAGAAAACUUUAUUUAAUGUUAAUACACUGCACUGAAGAACACACCAUCACCUCAGCAAAGAUUCAAGUCCAGUUUGUGUUCACUCGGUUGUUGGGAUGUAACGAAAUAAAAAUUUCACAUCACAAGUAUUGUGACCAAAAUGAUCACGGUUAUCAAUAUUAUCACAGUAUUGUUGAAAUAUGUUCAAAAUAUUCAAAAAGUACUUAUACACACCCUGAAAUAAUUUAACAAAGUUUUAUUUUGAAAAAACGAUCAAAAUUCUGCAAAACUGCCCUCUGCCUUGUUUACAAGUUGUAUACUGCGCACCUGUGUCCAAAGGACUGCUGCCCGCAGCUGCUCUUUACAGCACUGAGCAGUAUCACUGAGCUUUUCCAGAGUGCGGCGAUCAAACACGGUUUUAACGGUAAUUAAGAUUUGAAACGGUAGUACUAACCGUCAGACAUUUUACUGCGGUUUAUCACUUUAUCAGUAAUCGUUACACGCCCACUCAGUUGGCUGAAGUAUAACUGAAGUAUAAAAGUUACUUAGCUUAGCUAAUCUAUGAACAGAAAUAAAACGACUCUUAUCAUCUUCUCAGGAUAAGUGAACAGGAUAGUAAAUCUGACCCUUUUUUUAUCCAUACUAUCUGUAAAAGCAUCACAUAUCAUUGUUUUAAAUGGUUGUGUGCAGAACUUAUUGCUCUGUCUCAAAUUAGCUCCUUCAUCAGAAAGUCGGAUCACAUCAAGCUGCAGCCACUGCCGAUGAAAAACUGCAGUUCCUCAAGUGUCCACUAGGCUACAAAAGACACAGAAACGACAUAAAUGAAAUGUCACUUUAUACAGGAGAAAUGAACAAACUGGACCAGUAAACUUACACUCUUUUUCUGUUUUUACUGAUGUGUGUCUUCAGUAUAUGAAGAGUCAGUAUAUACAGAGGUGAUGAAUGAGUGAAUUUAUUCAUAACUCAUUCAUUCAAUUAUAUUAAGACUAAGAGUUAUGUGUAAUCCAGUAUGACUGACAACUUUAACUCCGCCUCUUGACUAGUUUCAAGAUUAGUGUGAAUCUCUGUUACAGUGAAGGUUGUCCCUGAACUUCAUGUGACUUCUCAUUAAGGAGACUACAUCCAUGUCACAUACCCGCGGUUUCCCAAACACUUGUCCUUGGACCUGUACCAGGCCUUAGGUUGUUUCAAACCAGGCUGUGAAAAACCUCUAAGUUUGAGCAGUUCUUGAUAUUGAUAAAGAUCACACAGACCUUGGAGGACAAACAGACACUUACUGUUAAACUACGAUAACAGCAGCCUCACAGUCUUUUUUCUCUCAGAUGCUUCAGUCCCUGCUGCUGCCUGGUCACAUCAGACUAAGAUCUCAGCUGGAUGAGGUCCUGGACAUGGAUUUGAUCCGGCAGGAGGUGGAUCAUGGAGCUUUGGAUCUCCCCAGACUGUCCGGAUACAUCAUCAACACCAUGGCCUCCCUUUGUGCACCUGUACGUGACCCUGAGGUUCGAGCACUGAGGGAUCUGAAGGACCCUGUGGAGCUCCUGAGGUGAGGGACGGGUUAAAGCUUGAGUCCUCUUAAUAUAGAUAAUUAAGUAAAGGCAGGUUAAUUAACACAGGGAUAGAGAUCUAUAGCUAAUUAUUUUCUAAGUGAAACACAGGAGAUGCUCUAAAUGUUGUUGUGAAGCUCCGUUACUGAAAAGACGCUGUAUGAAGUUUACUGAGAACUUGUUUGAGUUCAUUAUACAACUCACAACCACCAGUUUCUCUACAGGAUAAUAACCUGAAAAUGAUCCAAAAACCUGGAGAUGUGUUUCAAACACUCCGCCCCUGCCGAGCUGUGGGAGUAUUUUAGGAGUCAUCAAACUGUGCAUCUGAGCUCAGCAGAAACAGCCUUCCUCUGACUCAUCUGUAUCCGCUCCUUCCUCCAUUAUAAAUAACGAUUUCUUACAUUUAAAAAACAGACAUUUACAAAACUUGGCUGCACUGGUAAUAAAUACUUUGGAGUAAUUAUCCGGAGAGUGAAUGCUGUGACACUUUUGGAACAGAGUCUAAUUAAAUGCUGUCAUUUCUGUGAAUAGUGUGUGAAAACAACACUUUUGGAGGGGAAAUACCUCAAUUAUUUAACUUCAUUUCUAUGAUGAGGGUGAGUGUAGAAUUUCUAAUGAAGCUCAGGUAGCUGCUCACACCAUGGCUGUCACUUCAGUGAAACUAAACCCAUUCUCCAUUUUCUGUACUGACCUUGAUUUAAAUCUUAUACAAUUUAGCAAAUUUUAGACAAAUUCUAAACUUUUUAAAUGGAUGCAUCUAUUUGAAGUGUGACUACUUUGUCCACAGGGGGCGCCAAAAUAAACAUUCCUCUCAGGAGCUUUAAAACACAGAGUGAAAAAUGCAAAGGUCUUCACUCCUAUAAUUUGCACAUUUUGCUGUGCCGCUAUGUAUAUGAAAUAAAGUGACUCGCAAGAGCACCCUACAGUAUAUAUAUAUAUAUAUAUAUAUAUAUAUAUAUAUAUAUAUAUAUAUAUAUAAUGACUCGCAAGCGCACCCUACAGUUUUCAUGCUUGGGGAGUUUUUUCACACUAAAAAAAUGAAAUUUUUAUCACGGUAUACUUUUUUUAAGAACCUAUACUGUGUCAUUUGUUUCAAAUGAAAAUGUAAAAUUUUUAUUAUAUUUUAUUAUGACAUUUUUUAACAUUCUAUACUGUCAUUUGUAUCAAACUAAAAUUUUAAAUUUUUAUCAUAGUAAUCUAUGUUCUUUUUAUCAUACUAUACUAUGACAUUUUAACAUACUUCAAUUUGUCAUUUGCUUUAUUUGAACAUUUAAAUGUUUUAUCGUACCACCCUUUGACAUUUUUUUAUACCAUAGUGUGAAAUUUUUAUGUUACUAUUCUAUGAUAAAAUGUUUUCAUAUUUUACUAUGACAAUUUUUUUUCAUAUAAUACCAUGUCAUAUGUUUGAUACCAUCAUUUAAUUUUUUUUAUCAUACUAUACUAUGACAUUUUGUUUAUACUAAAAUUUAAUUUUUUUUAUUAUCGUUUACAAUGACAUUUUUUUCAAACUUAAAUUUUGAAAUUUUAAUCAUAGUAAACUACAAUAUUUUUUAUCAAAUUAUACUCUUAUUUGUUUCAUACUUAAAUUUAAAACUUUUAUCAUAGUUAUUUAUGACAUUUUUACCAUACUACACUUUGUCUUUUGUUUUAUAUAAAAAUCUAAAAUUUUUAUCUUAAAUUUUUUUAAUGCAACUGUGUGUUUUAAAGAAGUUGGUAGAGAGACACCAACACACAAAAAAGCUGCGUAACACCACUAAACAACAUCCCCUCACUGUGAAGAGGUUAAUUUACAACAGGUUAGUCACAUGUUAAAAACAAACAAAACUCCAUAAAUUAGACUAGAAAAUAUGCGAUCAUAUGGACGACACAAACUAAAGUAUUAUAUUUCAUUAAUGAAUGUGUCGUAACAUAAAAUCUUCAGGUUACUUUCAGCAGGUCAGAAUGUUGAACCACCACAUCUCCUGGAAAAGUCGACCUCUUCAACUCGGAGGUCGGAAGAGCAGAAGUUGAAUCACAGAUAAUAGAGAGCAGAUUUUUUGGUUCAGAUGCUUUUAACCUGUUUCAGUCAGAAGGGCUCAGCUUAAAUAUCACUUCGCCUCUGACAAGGUUGGGUCUGGUUUAGUUCAUCAAGCUCCUGGUUCCAGAUCAAAACAAAGAUGGCAGCUGACUGAGUCCCUGAAAACAAGAAUAAAUGUAGUCGACAUGAUCGUUUCUCCUUCAGACGAUAUCAGAGAUUCUCUCGUGUUCAUUUUCACUGAAACAUGACUGCAGACUGUGAAAUAAAGCAGGUCAGAUUUGGUGAUCAGAGGUGGUUUAUGAGACACAUCAGACUUCAGGAGAAGCAUGUCAGUGUGUCUGAAGAUACUUUUUGUAUAUUUGUGUGUUUAAUAAACUUAAAAUAAACAAAUGAUUUAGGAAUAACUCGAACCCUGCACCCCUGCCUCCUUCCAGAGAGAUCUUCCGUGUCCUGGGCCUGAUGAAGACCGACAUGGUCAACUUCACCAUCCAGAGCCUGAGGCCUCACCUCCUGCAGCAGGCCGUGCAGUACGAGAGGACCAAGUUCCAGCAGAUCCUGGACCAGCAUCCAGGUGAGGAGGGGUGAUGGAUGGGGAAGGUGACUUCCUGGCAGUAAAAUUGAUGGCCGUGGCGUAUUUCUCUUUCUAAUUAAAGAGAUUUUGACCCUUGAGGUUGUAAAACACUAACCUGCCAUUUUUCAGCGUCCCGUAGAUUAGGUAAAGAGCUGGACGUGAUUCUGUCUGAGUGCCGCUGGCAGAGUGACAGGAGCCUCACUGCUGACACAGUUAUGUUAGUCUGGUGCUUCAUAUCCCAGAGUUCAUUUUAUCCCUGAAAAUAAAGAUUCUUACAGAUUUAAUUAUCCAGUAAAUCUAUUAAAAGCUUUUUUUCUGUCUUUAAAGAAUGAAGCAAAUGUGCUGCAAACACAAUUUAACUGGACCCACUCUCCAUCCAGUCAAACAGACUCUCAUAUUUCUGUCAAAUUAAACAAGAAAACUCAGAACGUGCGUCUCUAAAUAUUUAUACUCACGUUCCUAAUGUGUACCUGUUGUAACUACCUUCACAUUGAUGUGUUUUAAUAUUUUCCUCCAGCCUCUCUGGACUGGACCAGCGCCUGGCUGGAGGCGGCUGCGUCAGAGGAGGCUCAGUCUGACUCUCCCAGUCCUGACAGCAGAGGUCCUGUCAGCCCCACUGCUGUCCUCAACCGGGCGUACAUGCGUCUGCUUCACUGGGACCCGCAAGACCAGAAAUACCCCGAGGUCAGAAAUUAUGUCACACUGCACUCUGCCUGUCUUUUUUUUUUAAUCUAAGUGAUAUUUUAUUGAUUAUCGGGGAUUUUCAGCCUCCCGUCUCUCCUCCUCACCCCCGCCGCCGCCGCAUGUUGAAGCAUGUGACACCACAUUAGAGCUCAUGUGGCGUUGUAGAUCAGCAGCUCCCAUCUGACGCAACCACGCAGACCUGUCAGUUCAGAUCAAGAUCCCCUUCAUCAACCUCAUCCAUCCUGGAUUCAAAAACCCUGUUACUGAACAGCAUUAAUAAUAAUAAUGACAUGAAUAUAAUAAUAAUUUUACAUUCACAUCUACAGCAGGAAGACAACAGCGAUGUUUUUAGACGAUAUGACUGUCAGUGUUCUGCUGAUGUGGCCCAGUGUCUGUUUUACUGAAGUCACCAAACAAACCAAAGAUUUCAAACAUUCACUGUUUUUAUUAAGACUGACAUUUAAAGGGCUGAAAACCAUCAUUUGUUUUCUCACUUUAUAAUUUUUGGUACAGAUGAUGCAAAGAUCUCAUGAAAAUGAUGUCUUAACGCUCUGAAACCCAAACUCUGUUCACCAUCUUAACUAAGAGAUAAAGCAGAAGCUGAAAACAACAUAAUCCAUGAAUUUAUUUCAACAGCAGGAUGUAGUUUGUUAUCUAGUGACUGUAAAAGCGAAUGUUCGGCGAUUUAAAUCAAUAAUCUUUUAUUCUACUUUAAGUUCGUAAUUCUUUAUGUCUUUAGAAAUCAGCUGCAGCUGUUUCAUAUCGGACUUUAACCAGUUAUUCCAAGUAUUCAAUAUUCAUCAUCUUUAGUUAAUCAUUUCUCAACUAUCGGAGUUAUUUACCAGUUUAAGGAUAAAUCCAUAUAUAAAAGAUUAUUUUACUAAUUUAAUCAUAACUUUUAACACUCGGGUCUCUGGAAGAAGGUCAAACUUCUGUAAAUAAGUCAGACUUUGAGUUAUCUCAACUCUUUAUCAACUUUACAUUAUUUUAAACUUUAAACAAUUCUAACUUUUUAUUUAUCACAGAAACAUUUAUUUCAGCAUUUUCAUUUUUUACGCUGACCGUCAUGUUUGAGUCUUUUUAACACAUCAGUGAACUCUGACUGACUCAUGUAGGGACGUUUUCUGUUUAAAUAUAUUAGUAAUCAAACCAUCUUUAACUAGUUUUAUGAUUUAUUCACCUGUUAACCAUCAAUUUAAAACAUUAGAUUAUCCUACAUUUAGCUAUCCCAGCCUCUUAUUUUUACUUACAGCUCACAGCUUUAGCGCAGAGUUCAUCACUUUUGGUCGACUGUCUCAACACUGGACUUUUUUAAAGCGUUAUCUUUAACUUUUAACGAACUGUUUAACUGUUUUAUGAGCGAACAGCUUCUUUAAGCCGUUGUGCGUCCACACUUACUGACUUCCUGUCAGCUAAAAUGGCGAGUUUUCUCAUCGCUCUAGAUGACCUGUCUUCAUUUGCUCGAUAUCAAACAUCAAACCUUUUCCUCCCAAUCUCUGAGGUCGAGUUGACCCCGAUACUUCCUCUCCACCUCCUCGCACUGACGCCGUUAAAAUCCCCGUGACUGACCACGUGACGUUUGACCCUGACCCGUUUUCCUCACACAGACGGCCCUGAUGGACCGAGCCCGCCUGGACGCUCUGGGACAGCAGCUGGAGAUGUUGGUCCUGGAGGCGUCGGUGCUGCUCCUGACCGGCGCUCAGUGCGGCGGUUCCGUUUUCUCCCUGCAGGGGUUUGUAGGUAAACUCAGGCACGCCAUCGCUGCCCUGCUGGAGGGCAGUCACAGCAGGUAAGAGAGGGAUUUGGUGAUGCAUGUUCUGGCUGUCAUGGGGAACAGGUAUUGUAUGAGAAGGAAACCGAUGGAGGUGACAGCAGCCAACUAGCUUGUCAAAACUGAUGCGGCUAACCUCAUUCUAUCUGUUUGAGCGAGCGCCCGUCAUGAUCAGGAGAGGAAUGUGGAGCAGCAGCUCUGAUACUCCGAGUCUGUUCUCACUCAGGACCAAGCAGCAAUAAAGAGAACACGGCCGUUCCUAACUUAAUCACCUUUAUUAAAAUGUCAUUUCAUUUAAUCUCACCUCUUCGGGGACCCGGAUGUUAUUAAAACGCUUAUUUAUUGGCUGCUGCUAAUCCCUUUACCCGAGAGAACUUCUAAAUGGAUAUCUCCAGACCCCCCUGACCUGAUACUCAUCCACUGAAGCUCAUUUAUCUGACGCCGGUUUCUGGUGCUGCAGGGAAACCGACCUAAAGGCUGCACUGCUGGGGAUCGGGGAUGUCGUCGUGCAGCAGGUGACCGACGCUGUGAGCAGCCAGGGGGGAGGAGCGCCGCCUCAGGAGGACCUGGAUCUGCUGAGAGGGCAAAUAUCGGAGCUGUGGAAGGACAACCACGCUGUGCGCACACUCAUAGGUCAGGCUGAAAGGACGGGAUCACCAUUCAAUGAAAGAAAGACGCAUGUCUGGUUAUCUUUGAGUGUCUGUGUUGGAUGGAUAUUUGUUCUUGUCGAGUUUUUAUUUCUGUCAGUUUCUAGUUUUUGGAUUUUCUUGAUCAGAAAAUAAGAAACAAACAAACGUGACGACCUCAGGUUUCCUUUUUUUGAGGAUUUUUGAGAGAAAAAAUCUCCGAAAUUCAAAUCCAGACUAAAACAGAACCAGAAUAUUGUUUAUUAUCCCCUUAACCAGGUUAAAUACUUGAUUCUGAUUGGCCGAAACCCCUAGACUGUGAUUAAUUCUGAGCAGCAACACAACGAACAACCACAUCUUCUUACAUGGAUGAGAUGACAGGAGUCUGAUGUUUCCAGAAGCAUCUGUAGAUCAGGAGGAUGAGAGGAGGACCUUUAAAAACAGGAGGGAGAAUAAAGACGAAAACCUCCACGAUCCAUACUGAGCUCGUUGUUCCGUAUUUUCUCCGUAGAGCAGCGUCGGGUAUCUCAUCCAGGAUCAUCGUAUUUGGAGCGUAGUGAAACGACACGCUCACAGCAGGUGGUUUUUCCUCUCUGUGGUCGAUCUCCUGAUAAUUCUGAUAAAAUUCAGUGACUGUUGAUCCUCGACUGUCUGUGAAAAAGCUGUAAGUGAUUUUACAGUUUGUGUUUUUGCAGGUUUACUCGUGUUUAAUAAAGUAAACUCUGUUCCUUUCUGGUCCACAUGGAUCAGGGACCGACCAUCAGAUUGUUCUGUUACUGAUAAAUCCAGAACCAGGAAGGAUUUCUCAUCUACACCGACUGAUACACAGUCAGGAGUUCACAUAUGGGGUUUUAUUUUGAAAUACCGGAUGACAUGCGCGGUUUUCCUGCUUGACUUCCUGUCUAAAACGAUCUUCUCUGUAAAAAUCGACUCGCCGCGUAUCUUUAGCAGAGCUGCUCUCAUACGACGCUGCGACGGAGCUGAUACUCGUCCUGUUCUGCUGCUUUGAUUAGAAUAAAAACCUGUUUGAUACGAGACGCCGCUGUCGUUACGCUCCAGAUACGCUGAUCCUGGAUGUUUUAGCCUAAAGAUGUUCAAACAUGUUUGUAUCUUAAACUUCUUUAAAGGUCUGUGUUUUCUCUGAUGUAAGACUCUUCGAUCUUUACGGUUGUGUAUCUUUAGUUUUGUCAUGUUUGUAUAUUUGAGUUCAUUUGUAAACACUGAAGUCUCAGUCAGCUGUUGCAGUCUGUCCUAUAAUCAUGUGACUGAAGUUGUUAUCCUGCUGCUGCAGCAGAGAGCUGACUUCUUACUUUCUCUCCUUUUCUUCAUCCUCCCCCUCAUCCCUCUUUGCAUCUCUCUCUCCUCCUCCUCCUCCUCCUCCUCCUGCUCCUCCUCUCGAUCAAACAGGAGAGAGGGUACAGGGCUUCCUCCAGGCCAUGCUGCAGGGCGGCCCCGCUAAAAGGAGUCCAGAGCUGCCCGCCCCCCUCAGGCUGGUAAGUGCUGAGCUCGCCGAGCUGGGGACGGCCUUUGGGCGAAUCGUCCACUUCAACCGGACCGUCUUUGGUCCCUUCUACGCCCCCGUCCUCAGGAAACUGCUGUUCCCGCCAGGAGAGGCCGAGAACGCAGAGGACUCGCGCUAGACUGAGGGUAACCCGGGCGACCGCCCAGGAAGUCGACAUAAGCUGCCAUUAGGCGAAGAUUUGGAGCGAACAGAAGCUACACAGUGUAAAUAGAGCGAGUGGGAGAAAAACAUUGAUAGUCUGCAGAAAAAAGCAGCAUCUUAUUAUAUUUUUUCAGUUAUUCAACAAAAAUGUAAAUGAGCCCAGGAGGCAGAUGCUGAGUCAGAAUCGAAUUAAUGCAUCUCGAGCAUUUUAGAGGAAAAAAACCCGACAGUCUGAACGAAACAAAGGAGGAAUCAUUUUAUACGUGGAAGAGGAAGAGUUCAGAUGGUGUUCAUGAGAAAACUCGGACAGAUGACGGGUUUUUAUCAUGUCUCUGAGUUUCCUGGAAAAAAGUGUUUGACGGUUUUAAAACACACUCAGGAAAAAAACACACAGAACACCAAAGAUUGUGCUGACAGGCUGUAAAUAGUGUUUGUAGUUGUUUUCUCUCAUUAUCGAGUUUUAUCAGAGGUGAUUGUGUCGAGUUUACCAAAGAUAUGUGUCUGAAUUCUUCUGGUUUUUUACACUUUUGAUUCUAAACCAAAGUAUCAUCAGGGUCGCCCCUGCAGUGGAGGGUGAUGCGCUCAACAUCCAACAAUUAAAGACGAAGCGAAUGAGAAAGAAAAAAAAAGCAAGCAGUCACCGUUCAGCUCCUCGAAGUUUUGAAGCACAAGACAGCAGGCCAGGUGGAUCACAGAAGCAGAGCGCCUCAAAGCUUAGUCUGCAGGAUGUAGUGGAUGUGGUCAUAAUCAUUUUAUAAAGUUAAACUUCAACACAAGGAGCGAAACUGACGUCAUACAACCUGGAGAAAACGGCACAUCACAGGUCAAAGAUGCAGACGGCGGACGGAGAUAAUAAAUAUGGAGGGAUGAAAAGCUGUGAGGUCAAAUUUAACAUUUUCAGCACAUCCAACUUCCUUUACAGCGAGAAUAUGAAACACUACAUCAUGCAGAAAGCUGAGGAGGAGGAGAAGGUUUGACUCCAUCAUGAAGAACUAACGGUAUGUUUGAGACAGACUCAGUGGUUUGGGUUCGAUCACUUCUCUGAGCUGAACGGGUGAACGGAGCUGCAGGAGUCACAGAGUUAAACAUCGUCUCAGAAACGCUCUCCUCCGUUAUUAUUUCACCAACAUCCUCCCACAUUUAUCUCUUUUAUUCUUUAGAAAGUUCCCCAGAAAACUCCGGCGUUGAUUUAUGAUCCUCAGACUAAACUGCAGUAUUUUUGUUAAAUUGAUGAAUUCCAGGUCCGACAAACACGCGAGUCUGUUCCUGAUUAUUAAAACGAGAACGAGAGAAAAUUCAAGGACAACAAAUGAUUCAAUACUGUGGAGGAAGUGGAGCUGUGAUGGUCGGUAAACAGGCUCAUAUUUAACGGUCAUUAUUAAACCGACUCGACCUUAAACACUUGUGUAAACCCUCAUGGCUCCUCCUUCCUGCUCGUGUCAAUAAGGAUCUGACUCAAACUCUCUAAUCACUGACGGUCCUGCAGGAGAAAAAGCCCCGAGAGUUUUUCACAGUUUGAUCGACCCUAAAAACGCUCCAGAUCCUGAUCUGUUCGGACACGCCCCCCUCUCCUCUCUCUCUGCCCUCUGCUUUGGUCAAACGGAGUCAAACUGAAGACCCCUGACACCCCGAUCACCACGAGUCCUCUCUGUGGAGUUUGACACUCGGCCGUUUAUUCAGGAGGGUUUCUGUUUGAGCGUGAAGGAAGUUCAGAUGUUAUCCAGUGUUACUGUGUUUUAGUUCCUGUAUCCUGUUCUGAGAGGAUUUCUGGUCCUCUGAUUGGUCGGUGAAUGAGACUCAAACCUAAAUUAGAGACGUUCUUGUUCAGAGGCUGUUGUCUUUAAAGGACCCGGUCUUGUACUUCAUGCAGACUGGACUCUAUGGAGACGGUCUGAUCCGUGGGGGGUUCUCCGUUUGUGUCCGUGGUCGACCUCGUCAUUUCAAAGGCCUCACAAAGCGCCCUACAGGGCCUAGCUAGCUGGCUAACGAACAUAGAUUCAUGAAACAAUCAUCAUCACAAAGAUAUUUUCAAAAUAAAGGUCCUUUCACACCGAGAGCGUUUUUUUUUUUCGUGCAAUUAUUUUGGACGUCAAUAUUUCUUUUGAACCCGUAUCCUGUCAAUACAAGCGUUCACAUCAGCGACGUUUUCCCGUCCUGCGAUAUUGCGGCAUUUAUUUUUUCGGAUCACGGUCAAAUUUUCUAAAGUUUCUCAUACUGUGUGUCCACUUCUGACCAAUCAGAUUUCGUGUUGUUGCGACGUCAGAUUCAGCGGUAUAUCCAACAUGGCCGACCGGCUGAUUGUUUACGUGUCGGAGAACAGAGUGAUUUACUGAUUUACUGUGCUAAGUAACUUUAGCUCGUAAGCUAACCUGUUCAGAUACAACAGACCAUCUGUAUUUUCACUGUAAACUCAGUCUCAGCUCCAUCAGGUCUCGGUUGUUCCCUCACGUUUAUGGAUUAUAGUUUAAUGUGUUUAUCUGGUUCUGACCCGACUCAGUACAUGCUAUCAUGACAGACAGACAUCUCAACACUAGAGUCUGAUCAGAACUGAGAAACACUCAGUCUGCUGUUGGCUCAGUCUUCUCACUUCCACCCGGGACGCGUCUUUUUCCCCCAGAAAGUCGUAAAAUCGCAUCGCGCUCGAUGUGUUUAGUCAGGCGCGUCAAAAUUCGCCUCUGAAUAUUUCGUAAUUUAGCGUUGUAUAUUUGCGUCGUUCCCGGUGUGUGAGGACCUUAAGAGUCUUUCUCAGUUUGUUAUGUAGAGGGAACUGUUUGAUAGUCGGCCAUCUUGUUUGACCAGAAAAGUAGGACGAAUUGGAUCAGCCUUCAAAGUGGGACAGCCCUCGCCGUUCUGCCUUGGAAGGAUGCAGCUCCUGAACUGGGACACAGCUGUUGAUUCUGGGGCAGCAAUUAUAAAAAAAAACACGUCUUUAUCCUUUUUAUGAACUUAUAACUGUGUUUUUGAGGAUAUUUGACUAAAACGUCUUUGACAGGAGCGAGUCUGAACUGUAAAUCUGUUUUUAAUCACGAAAACAAACGGCGUGUUUAACAUCGAGAUGACAGAGGAGUUUUAUGGGAUUGUGAUCAGCAGGCGCUCCAGAAAAUGGGAUGUUUAGCUCUGUGACUUGAAUUUAAUAUAACACCAUAAUCACUAACUGGGGCGUUUGUUGAGAUUAGAAGUUGCACCACCCACUAAUCUCCAUGGCAGGGGAACCACUGAUGGUGUAAUUGUACAGUAAUUACUCUGCUGUUAAAUUUGUCACUUUACAUUCAAACCGUCUGUUUUUCUUUCUAUUCGAUCAUAUAAAACAAAAUCAAUGCCGACAACAGACUUGAGAGGGGUUCUUUUGUCAUUGUAGUAUUUAAUUUCAUUAAUAUAAUAUUGCUUUGAAAUUUGAAACAGUAUCACAUUUUCUUUGACAAACCGUACUCUGUCCACAAACACGGGCAGAGCGUUGUAUGCUGGUACAGUUUCUCUUCUUUUUCUAUUUUCUCUACAUCUCAUGACCCUAAAUAACCUCCAGCUCCUCUCUCCAAUAGACCUGAAUCAAUAGAAAUGCUCAGUAAUGGUCUAUAUCAUAAAUGGUCUACAGUGCUCUAAACAUUACAGUACCUACAUGACAGGAUCAGAAAGUCACUCAGAGGCCAGGAAAUAGUCUGGACCGCUCUCAGGAGUGAUACACAGGUCCUGUUUAUCCAGGUGAACUGUUGGUCUGUGUGUUGGGAGUCGUAUCAGGGUGGGAGUGGGAGUGGGGGUGGGGUUUACAGAGUGAGAUCUAAAAUGUCAGAGUAGCUCUGCUUUGGCCCUGCACGUUGCAUAAGGCUUACCUCUCAUUUCCUCUCUCUCUCUCUCUCUUAUCUAUCUCUCUCCCUCUCUCUUCCGCUGCUCUGCCCACUAACUAACUGAACACACGCAAAACACACUCGCAUCGCGGGCUGCUCCCCUUCAACUCACAGCUUGGUAUCCGGAAACUUGAACGCUGGGGUGAGCUACACAAGGAAAACACCAAUGUUAAAAAAGAGACCGGUACAUGCACAGCCAUAUCAUGCCACCAAAACUUGCUGGAAAUAGCUGCUGCUCAUUAAAGUGUAAUGCUUUUACAUUAUGCAUCCAUACUAGAGCAGGUUGUCUUGGUGACACACAAAAUGGAAGAAGAAGAAGAAGAACAUACGUGACAAAAUGUUGGAGGGAUGAAGGCAAAUGGAGACAUGAGGGAGGGAUGAGGAUGAGAGCGCGGUAUUUGUGUGUGAGGGAACAGAAGAAGCGGAAAUGGCAGGUGAGUGGAGAGAGACGAGACACGGCUACAACAGUACAAACAAAGACUGCUCAGGCCGAGUGCAUCAAAGGGGACAAAACACAAAGAAACACUGCCAUCAUGCAUCAUCAGUGGAAGCUAACAGUGAACAGUCAGAACAAGGUGGCGAAGACACGGCCACGGUACCGCACACACAGACCAGCUACAUCAUCUUUUUUUAUAACAGUCAGUCUGCAGCCACACAGGAGCUCAAUGCCUCCUCUCUCCUGCAGCACACAUGAAAAAAAAACACAAGGACAGCGAGCGGACAGUGAUGUUAACAGUCCAAACUCCCAUGAGGACAGACAAGGAACAAGGCAUACAGCACGCACAGCAGGUAGUGCACACAGAGGAGAACCCACAGAUUCGUGUCGACUCCACCACGAGCAUUUUUGAGUCACAGUGCAGUGAGGGAAAUCUUUUUUUUUUUUAAUAAAGAAGAAGGGAGACGAAGAAGAAGAAAAGAAAUAAAGAGGGUGUCACGUUCUCGGCGUAACAAAUCCAUUCGUAUUAACAUGACACCAGAGCAACACUUGGAUUGGGCUCGCUGUAAUCUGCUGGAAUUAAAAACCUGUUACCCUGGGAUACCCUCCCAUGUAACCAUGAGAAGACGAUCGUAUGUUUGGGAACAUGCGCCGAAUUGUGCUGCAGCCUCAUCGUUAAUAAAAUCGUGCAGUGGAGGGUUCUGAUCGCUAAAUCGUGAAAUGUGCCUUUAAUGUUGUUGUUUUUUUUCUUUGUAUGCUUCGUCUCCAUUUUUCACCUCUUGUUGUAUCAUCAGGAUCCUUCAUGAUCCUUUUUUUAGUCACUCUCCCCUGAAGAUUUUCAGUCAGACCCGGUCUAUCAAAAAGUAUCACAAAGUGCACUAUCUGCACCGUCGUAAGAAAAGAAAAGAAGGUAUUAAAAGGGAUAGUGCCGUAUUUGAACACAGUGUUUUCUUUUUUUUUCUUUUUUCUUUUUGUUAAAUUGACAAGAAGAUGCUGUGAUUUCUUUUCUCUUUUUUUUGGUUUGCAGUCUCUCAUUGCUACCAUGAAUGCUGAGAGACUGCAGGGCGGGCAGUACAAGGCCAGAGCAAAGACUCUCAUCUGGACUAAACUGUACCAUCAUAAAACCAACGUCCCAUCGCAGCCGGUCACAGUCACUUUAAAAACACCCGGACAUCAGCGGUGUCGUCUUUUUUUAAGUCUUCUAGAAGCAGGGGGUGGCGUGCAGUUGUCGGGUCGUGAUGGGUGCGAUAUAUUCGGGAAGGUGGGGGCUUUAGUUGAUUAUAGAUUAUAACCCGAAACGAAGUAAGGCUGUCGUCCUCGCUUACGUGUGAAGUAGUCCUCCUGUGUGUUUGUACCAGGGUUCAGUUCUUGGUCCGUUUGAGUUCAGACAUCAGUGAUGGAUUGGUGACCGAUCCAUCGUGUUGUAAUAUGACUACUGUACAAAUGCGUAGAAAAGAAAAAUAACAGGUUGUUUUGCUGCAUGUUGCUGUUUUUUUUAUCUUUCAUCGGUUAAUUGUCCGUCUUGCAUCCCAUGCUAGCAAAGCAGCCUCCUCAUAGUGCCUCACAGUGGUAGAUGCCUGGUAAGACAGGACAGGCUAAAGAUGGAGAAAGAAAAAAAUAUAUAACUUUCUUCAGGCAAAACAACCAAACAAUCAAAGAAUUAAGAAAAUUAAAAAGUAAAGAGAUGAUGUUAAAAAACUGAAGUUAGCAUGCUUUUAGCUCAAAGGCUGAGAGUCUGAUCUGUUUUAGUGUUCAAGAAAGUUCAACAUCGUUGGGAAACACACCUACAGCGACGUUAGCUUGGCGACCGAAAUUAAGGAAACGGCGAGCUCUGCGUUACUCAAAGGUAGAAGGAUCAAACAGACUUCAUCUGUUCAGUCUGAUCCUCACAGAGAAGAAAAGAGCAGGACCGCUAAACUCAAGAAACUCAAGAUUUCUGAGUCAAAAUGUUCCUGUCGAGAACGUAGACAGGACAUUAAAAUAAAACUGUUUAAGCCAUCAUUUUUAGAGCUCCCUCUACUGGCUGGCUGCAGUAUAAGACACAAACCCGGCCUCCGUCAUAUAAACAGAUGAAACACUGAUUCAACUAUUAAACGAAAACACACAUCAGCCAAGUGUUUCCAAACAAACUUUCACUUAUAAAAGUUAAUAUUUUUGCUAAUCCAGAUUAUUUUUUUCCUUAUUUUUUAAAUCAGUUAUUUAAUAAUAAAAAAACAAGAUUCACAGCUCUGACAGAAAAUGUAACAAACUCUUAUAAACUUCCUGUACUCAGGCACGUCUGAAUCUGUCCUGUUGAACCGAAGCGUCCUGAAAGAUCCACUCGUCAAAUCUACGAUAACGAUCACAGUUAAAAUACGACACAACCGUCUGAAUCCUGUGUAUUUUCUGUACCUAAAAACUGACUAAAGAACAACACAUGACGCUUCAAAGCUCAAUUUUUAAAAUAAUGAAAAACCGAAAUAUCAAAUCUAAAGUGCAAAGACAAUUUUAAAAUGUUUAAAAUAAUAUUUCAUAGAGCAAAGGAAAUCACUACAUGCCUGCAACACCAUCCAAACAGCUGAAUUUUACACAAGUCUCAACUUUAUCAAGGCAAAUAAAUAAUUAUAGUUUUCCAUUCAGGGGUGGCCAAUCAGAUCCCAGGGGGGCCCAUGCCAUCCCUCGCCCCUCUGGACACACCCCUGCUCAUGAGAGCAGUCUUUUUUUAGGACUAAUGUCUCCCUAUGGUGAGGAAAUGAAAACAUGGAGUCUUUUUAGUUUACAGUCGAUUUUUCCUGAUUAAUAUUUUAAAACAUAAUCGAGGAACGAAGCAGGAACAUCUCUGAGCUGUCGGGCUGGUUUGGAUCUGGUCUGACAUGAAGUCCAGUUUCUCAUGGUGUCCCCGUUUAACUAACAAGAUCCGUGAUGUAAGAAAGAUGCUUUUAAAUGGAUCUGAAUGUUUUUUUUUUAAUAACCAGGUCGGCUGUUUGUCUUCUUUUCAAUCUGGAUGAUAGGCUAAUACGACAGCUGCACACACAGAUACAUCAUAGAGCAAAUUAUAAACAAUAAAUAAAACCUAAAAACACAGAAAUGAGUCAGUGAACGUGUGUAUUUCCCAAUAUGUUGAACUUUUCCUCUGAACAGUUAAUCUGUUUUAUAUAUAUUUUGAUAUUUCAUCAACAGUGCGACCUCUUCGUUUACUCCGUAACAUAAACUCAACCCUCCAAGAAAUGAAACUCGCUGUGACUUAAAUCUGAAAGUCGAGUACAGAGCCAAAUAAAAAUAAGCAUGCUUGUUUUGCCAGCGGAGAAUAGAUUUGGUUAAAAAUAGGUCUGAAAAAAGUAAAGAAUAAUAAAGAUGCAACCUCUGGGAGCUAUCUGGGAUUUGGAGGCAGAUGCAUGUUGUCAGGAGGAGGAGGAUGAGGAGGAAGAGGCAGUUUGGUUGAGAGAGCAGGGCCACUGUAAAAUGACAUCAGUCCAGGAUCGUCCGGUCCGGGGC